UUUAAAAAACGGAGGGAAUAUGUUACUGGCUUACGUUACUCUCCACUGUGACUAGCCUUGCAAACUCCUCGGGCAUCGUGUACUGGUCACUGGAGGCAGCGCCCUCUCGCCAUAAAUACAGUCCUCACGGCGCUGCUACUAUACAAUUUCGAUACAGUCGUUGCCCCUGGCAUUCAAAAGCAGCUCACUUCUUUCCCUGCUCCUGCACACUUUGUUCUCUGCAGCUCAGUCCUCUUUCCGCUGCUCCUGCACACUUCUCUUUGUUCUCUGCAUCAUCGCGUGGAGAUGGAGGGCACGAAGGGCGAUGGGCCGGCGAUCGGCAUUGACCUCGGGACGACCUACUCGUGCGUGGCCGUGUGGCGUUCGUUGCACAAGCGCGUGGAGGUCAUCCCCAACGACCAGGGAAACCGCACCACACCGUCAUGCGUUGCCUUCACCGUGUGGUUGAAAUCCGCGGAGCUAGUGUUUUUUUUUUUUUCAGAUUCAUCGAACUCUGACCGCGUCCUCCCGAUCGGGGCCUGCACCACCCAGGCCAUCAGUCGACACUUUACAACCAGCCCAUUAUCAACACUAGAGCCGAAGCAGGCCGGCCCAUCAUCAACACUAAGAGCCGGGCCGAACGACUCAAUCGAUCCAGAUUGCGGUUGCGGAACACAGAGAGCGCUCCCGCGGAUUUCGGGAUUCCAGUCCACGGAGCGGGAGUGCUCCGAACGGACCAUUGUAAAACCCUCCGCCUUCCUAAAUUCUUGGCUUUCCCACCCAAGCAAUCUCAAACCUCAAUCAACCGCCCUAAAUUCUAGGUUUCCCCCAUCCACCGCGGGGACAAAGCAAGCCCUCCUGCCUAUUUCUUUCACUCUCCCGUUUCCGGCCGCCUGUGCUAGCGCGGAGAUGGGUACGAUGGGGAAGGGCGACGGGCCGGCGAUCGGCAUCGACCUCGGGACGACCUACUCGUGCGUGGCCGUGUGGCGGCCGUCGCACAACCGCGUCGAGGUCAUCCCCAACGACCAGGGGAACCUCACCAUGCCGUCCUGCGUCGCCUUCACCGACUCCUGGCGGCUCGUCGGAGACGCGGCCAUGAACCAGGCCGCCAUGAACCCCCUCAACACCGUCUUCGAUGCGAAGCGACUGAUCGGCCGUCGAUUCAGCGAUGCCUCCGUACAGGGAGAUAUGAAGCUAUGGCCUUUCAAGGUCAUUUCAGGCACCAGCGCUCGGCCAAUGAUCGUGGUGCAGUACAAGGACGAGGAAAAGCAGUUCGCAGCUGAGGAGAUAUCCUCCAUGCUGCUGGUGAAGAUGCGGGAAGCUGCAGAGGCCUACCUCAGCACGAUGGUGAAGAACGUCGUCAUUACCGUCCCGGUUUACUUCAACGACUCCCAGCGCCAAGCCACCAUCGACGCUGGUGCCAUUGCUGGCCUCAACGUCAUGCGCAUUAUCAACGAGCCCUCUGCCGCGGCCAUCGCGUACGGUCUUAACAAGAUGUCCGGCAGCUCUGGAUCGAAGACGGUGCUCAUAUUUGAUCUUGGUGGUGGCACCUUGGAUAUCUCUAUAAUCAAUAUUGAUAAGGGCAUUUUCACAGUAAAGGCUACAUCUGGUGACACUCACCUUGGUGGGGAGGAUUUCAACAACCGGAUGGUAGAACACUUUGUGCAGGACGUUCUUAAGAGACACAAUAGUGAUAUCAGAAGCAACCCCAGGGCACUCAUGCGUCUGAGGAGGGCCUGCGAGAGGGCCAAGAGGAUGCUGUCUUCCACAGCGCAGGCCAAAUUUGAGAUCGACUCGCUCCAUGAAGGCAUUGACUACUACGGGAUCAUCACCCGUGCCAGGUUCGAGGAGCUCAACAUGGAGCUCUUCCGCAAGUGCAUUGAACACAUUGAGAAGUGCCUCGGUGAUGCCAAGAUGGACAAGUCCCAAAUUCACGAAGUCGUGCUUGUGGGUGGCUCCAGCCGAAUCCCCAAGGUGCAGCAGCUGCUCCAGGAUUUCUUCAGCGGCAAGAUGCUAUGCAAGAGCAUCAACCCUGACGAGGCUGUUGCCUAUGGUGCUGCUGUCCAGGCUGCUGUCCUGAGCGGCGAGUGUGACCAGAAGGUGCAGGACUUGCUCCUGCUCGACGUCACUCCGCUCUCGCUCAGGAUUGAGGUAGUAGGUGGUAUCAUGAACGUGGUUAUCCCUAGGAUCACCACCAUCCCCUUCAAGAAGGACCGAAUAUACACAACCAUAUAUGACAACCAGACGGCCGUGUCCAUCAAUGUGUAUGAGGGUGAAGCAGCCUUGAUCAAGGAUAACAACCUGCUUGGAAAGUUCACGCUUUGUGGCAUACCCCCAGCGCCGAGGCUUGUACCCAAGAUCAAUGUGACAUUUGAAAUUGAAGCGAACUGCAUCCUAACGGUGUCGGCACAGGACAUGACGACUGGAAUAAAGAACAGCAUCACCAUCACUGCAGACAAGGGUGGGUUGAGCAAGGCAGAGGUCGAGCGUAUGGUGCAGGAUGCGAAGAAGUACAAGUCCGAUGACAGUAAGAGGAAAAUAAAGAAAGAAAACGAUGAAGGUUGGCUAAGCAAGGAGGAGUUUGAGCGCAUGGUGCGGGAUGCCAAGAAACGCAAGUGCGAGGACGACAAGAAGCAAAUUAAGAAGAUAAAGACGGAAAGCGGAGGCCCCUAAGCUGUAUAAUGUGCGUCUGCUAGCUUUUGGUACAAUGGAUGCUUAGAUCGAUCAGUAAUAUUGAUCGACUUGUGGCAUGGGCAGCAUGGGCGUGGCCCCUCUUAAGUCCUAACCUAGCUUAUGCGUUGUUUCUUUCCUGAACCAUCUUUAGCUUUUGUUACUGAUUAAUCGUCUGUGUCAGUCUUAUAUCUGGUGUCUACUAUGACUACUGUCUGCUUGAGUCGCCUGAUAAAGGGCUUAUCUGAUGUGCUCA